CUUCAUCCUUCCGUUUCCGGGUUGCUCGGGUUGCUAGGUUCUGUGCUGGGUUGCUAGGAGAGGCCUGGUGGAGGGCGAAGGCGCCAUGGCCGGGAGCAGGUUGGAGAAGCUCGGCACCAUCUUCACCCGGAUGCGGAACUUGCUACGCUCUGGGCUGGUACCUGAAUCCAAGAAACCUAUCUGGUACGAUGUUUACGCAGCUUUUCCUCCAUUGAGGGAUCCAAUUUAUCGGAAUCCUAAUGUACGGAUAAUAAAAAUUGAAGACAAAGUUCCUGCUAUCCUGUACCCAGAGGAUGAAAUCAGAGCGAAAUUUUAUGAAACUUACGGAAACACUCCAAGACCGUUUGAACUCUCCAGAUUAAACUUUAAAUCCACCUGCCAAAGGUUUGUUGAGAAAUACUAUGAACUGCAGAAGCAAGGGAAAGUGAGCGAAGACAGACUGUUUGAAGAAACAGGGAAAGCGCUCCUGGCAGAAGGGCUUCUUUUACGAAGAAGAGCGACAGGACCUGUAACAAAAAGGGCUCAUCCAGAAGCCCAGCCCCUGAACCCUGCGUUGCAAAUGAAGUUCCACGGGAUCCUGGAGGAGAUGGUUGACCCUGUGCCAGAAGAGAAGUCCAGUCCCAUAGGAGAGACAAAUGAAGGACCCUUGCCAUCCUAAAGACUGUGCAUUACUCAGCCUUCGUUUUAAAGCACUGAAUGCCUAGUCCAUGGCUUGUCACCCUCUGAACUGAGAGAUGCUUGCAAAAAACAAAACAUUGCCAACACCGUCCAUCUCGUAUUUCCUACUUGUCGUGGAAGGAUUGAGAACUAUACACUCAGGCAUGCUUUGGCUUGGAGGCAGUUCUACACACUGAAGUACAUGUUAAUAGUGAUGCAUCCAAGAAUUAAAAACUUCCUUCAGA